UGUUGUGCACAUAAUUCGUUAUUGUGGCUUCAGAACAGCAUAAUGGCGCCCGCGUUUGAAAAUAUAACUCUAUCUGAUUUCAAAUGGUUCAACGCGCCAUCAAAGUGGGAAGUUACAAAUAACAUACUUCACUUAACUACGGAUAAUAAAUCCGACUUUUGGCAGGGAACUUAUUACCAUUAUUACCCAAAUUCUGGACACGUUUUUGGAAUAAAACUGAAUUAUAACUUCACUUUUACAGUGUGUGUAGAAGCAAAUUUCACGUCGCUCUACGAUCAGGCUGGUCUGAUGAUCUACCUAGAUGAAAAGCACUGGCUGAAAACUGGCAUUGAGUACAAUGAUGGACAGCCUAUGAUAAGCAGCGUGCUUACCAACGAGAUUUCCGAUUGGGCUACUGGUGAAUUUCCCGGAAACCCAAAAAAAUUCUAUCUCCGUCUUACCAAAAAGGAUGACGUAUUAUGCGUCAAAUAUUCCACAGACAAUCGAACCUGGGUGCUACUGCGACUGGCUCCGUUCGCUAAGCCAGGGCCGUACUUAGUGGGGCCUAUGGCUUGUAGCCCCACUAGGGAAGGACUGGAGGUGAAGUUUAGUGAGAUUAAAAUUACAAAGGUUGCUGAAGAUAUUUUACAUUCAAAUUGAUUUUUUUAAUGUGAACGAAAAUAUAUUAACGGUCAGUUUUUUUUUAUAUAAGAACGUAUAAACUCAACAAAAGUUUUAUUAAUGGUUAUUUUCGUAAAGUUAACCAUGACUGCGUAAACGUAGUCAUGUUUAUACCUUUAAUUAAUCAUUUUUAGACGUGAGUGGUUUGUUGUUGUGAAUAAAAUACAAAUUGAUGUAGAUUUUUUUUCAGUACCUUUUUAUCAGCAUUUUCCCUGAAGAUACUGUAGUAAAAGUUUUGACGACUUCCGCGGUCGAGUGGGCAGCACACCGGUUGUCAAGGUGUAGGCGUAGGCGUCUCAGAGGUCACGGGUUCGAUCACCAAUGUAGAAAACUAAAUUUUCCAUAUUGUCUCGGGUCUGGGUGUCUGUGGUACCGUCGUUGUUUCUGAUUUACAUAACACCAGUGCUUUAGUUACUUACCUGGGGACCAAAGCAACAAGUGAUGUUCUCUAAUAUUUAUAUUUAUUUAAUAAUACACAUUAUGACAUUAUUAAUAGUUACAACAUCGAUAACUGCAAGUUGAUUGCAUUAAACAUGGCGGGUAUUUUGUCCAGUCUGCCGUGGC